AUGGCGACGCUGCCGCCGCGGAAAAAUCCGACUCCCACAAAAAUUUCGAAGCAGCACUUGACGCCGUUGCAAACGCUUCUGCAGCUGGGCUUCCCGAAACAUCGGGCGGAAAAGGCGUUGGCUGCAACGGGACACCGUGGCGUACAGUUAGCAUCGGAUUGGUUGUUGGCUCAUGUGAGAGAUCCGACUCUGGACUCUGACACUCAAAGGCAAUAUGUUUUAUAUGCUUGCCCUACUGGGCCGUUAGCUGAACAAUUAGAGCUGUUUUGGUCGGAGAGUAAAGACCUGGGAUGGAACGGUGCUCAUAACUUUAUACCACAUAUUACUCUUGUCUCCUUCUUUGACGCCCCUGAUGAGUUUACAAAAGAAUUAGUACAUACUCUUGAGAAUGUGGUUCAUCAGGAUGGAUUGCACGAACAUAUCGAGCUAGAAACAUAUGUGUCACCUAACUUUAUGGGCCUCUUUGUUAAGGAUGUGAAUGCAGAGUGGUUGAAGAACAUCGCUCUUCGCUAUGUUAAUAAAAUUGCCGCUUUAGGUAUCACUGCCGAACCACAAGUGAAGUCUCUGCAUCUUACGCUGGCUUAUCAGUUUCCCAGCAGCUUGUUUCAACCUCUCCGCUUGAUGGUCGAGAAACUAGGACCAAAUACAUUGGCCAACUGGGAGCUCAGAUUAUAUUCAAGAGAUUCGAGAUUACAGAAUUCGCACGUGCACAAAGUGACACACGCCCACGUUCCACGAGAGCACGACGAAUUAGAGUUAAGAGUAGGCGAUUACAUUUACGUUCCAGAAGGAGCGUGUAACGCGUCCACCGACGGUUGGGUGGAGGGCGUCUCUUGGUUGACCGGUAUAUCGGGUCAUUUGCCGUUGAAUCAUACCAAGAGGACUGCGGAAUCGGACUCGUGGACGUUGCAUGCCACCGUGCCGAUUACCGACAAUAAAUACGAAAGCGCAGAGGAGGAGGAGAUACCGAAAGUUAGAAGACCACCAGUUUUGUCUCCAAGCGAUUCCAUCGAUACUCCUGAUGGGAUUCCCAUUGCAGAGGAGCCGAUGGCAGCGUCGGAAGCGCCGGAAACACCGUUUAGAGAGAUCUUCAUAUGUCGACACGGCGAGAGAGUAGAUUUUACCUUCGGCGCAUGGAUCCCGUAUUGCUUUGAGUCGAAUGGUUGUUAUGUACGUCGUGACUUGAACAUGCCCAAAGAAGUACCAUCUAGAAAUAUCCAGGAUUUCCAAAACGAUAGCCCGCUGACAACUGUAGGUGAGAUGCAGGCAACUUUGGUAGGCGAAGCCAUGAAAUCGUCCAGUAUUAAGAUAGAUGUAGCCUUCACGUCGCCCUCGUUACGUUGCGUUCAAACGCUCGCCCAUAUAUUAAAAGGAUUAGAGUCCGAUAUUCCAGUCAAAGUAGAGCCAGGCUUGAUAGAAUGGUUGGCAUGGUAUCCAAACGGUAUACCCGUUUGGAUGACCUCCGAGGAGUUGGUAAAAGCGGGUUUUAAUGUGGACACCGAUUACGAUCCGAUCGUGAAGGCUAAAGAGCUUCCACUAAAAGAGAACGCCGCGCAGUAUUAUGAACGCAGUUAUGAUCUGAUCAAGAAGAUUAUAGAGAGCACCGUUGGUAAUAUUUUGAUAGUAGCGCAUGCGGCCUCCCUGGCUGCUUGUACCAGACAGUUGACCGGUGGUAGAAUACCCCCGGCAGCUGAAGUCACUAGAUUAGUUCAAAGAGUACCUUAUUUGGCAUGUUUGACGGCACGUCAAGAUAUUAACGGCUGGCAGCUUCAUCCUCCUCCCUUCCCACCAAUCACUCAUACCAGUAAUAGCAGAUUCGAUUGGAAGGUUUUAAUGUAAUAAUAUUGCACGAGCUUUUGUUGAGGAAGACACUUUACAAAGCCUAUAUAAAUAUAAGACUGUUACGAUACAAUGAAUUUUUAUGCAGGGCUUUAUCUAAUGUCGAUAACACUAAAAUAUUCAACGAAUUAAGAAAAAAACUUUUUCCAGAAGGAUAUCUCAUUGGUGUAUAAUAAUAUUGAUAAAUAUGAUAAAAGCUAGUCGAUCGCGCACGCAGUUGAACAUUUUACUUCCUCGAAUUAUGAUUAAUACGGGUAUUGAGGUAUAGUUUACUCUUUAAUUAUGGAUAUAUAGAACAAAUACUAGCCAAUAUGUUAUUGGUAUCGUGUUAUACCAAUCCGCUAAAUAUAUAAGCGACAUACUAGUCUUGAUUGGACGCAUUUUCUUGCCGUGUCUUGGAUG